GUACUUUAGACACUAGCAUUAGUAGAUAGUUACUGAAGAAAGUACUUUGCAUUUACAUUCAUAUUUUAUAUAAUCUACUUUCCCUCCUUUGCCACUAUGCUAAGGCUUCAUUGCCUUACAUGUUCUCAAUUUUGAUGAUGUAGAACCUCUUGCUAGUUCAGUGUUUGUCUCAAACAUCGCUUUUUACCACUAUAUAAUAACUAACUCACAAUAACUGUGAGCCAAGGAUCGGCUUUAUUGUAGUCUCUUUCUGUUAUUAAGUUGUAAUGCGCACUGGAAAUAUGCCUUCUUUUUUUUUUAAUUAUUAGGGUGCUGGAAUGCUUAUAUUUUCUCUUCUUCCCACAUUAGGGAUUCCAUACACAAUCUCAUUUUUAUUUGCAUACUGAGUUUUUUACUUUUUUACCAAGUAUUCCAGAUGCAGGCGUGUUAUAGCAGUAAUGGGCUGAUUGAUAUUUGUCUUACAAAUUUCAAUUGCUACAUGUUCAUUUUGAUAUUUGGUUUACAUAUUUUGCUCUACUUGCAGCAUGGACUGCAAGCAUAUAUAUGAGAAGAAGGCUAUUCUGCAGUUUAUUAAGUCCAAAACCUCACGUGGCCAAUGCCCCGUUGCAGGUUGUCCUAAAGUUCUCCAGGCUCAGAGGGUGUUAUGCGACCCUUUCUUACUUAUAGAAAUUGAUGAAGUCCGCUCCAUGAGUAAGCAAAACGCUGGACCUGAUGCGAUAGAGGAUUUUACUACACUUGAUGAAGAGGAUUGAGGAUUUUUGAGGGCCUGACGGACUGUUGACCCUCUUAUAUGUCCAGAUAUUCAGGGUCUACUCAUGAACAACUUAUGUUUUUGCGUUUUUUUUUUCUUUUUUUGCAAAAAAAGAAAAGCAAUGGUCAAUCUUUAGGAAGUUUGGGGGCAAAGCUAUUUUUUUCCUCGUUUCCAAGAGGGGAUAAUGAAAGUUUUGAAAUUCUUGGAAAGGAAACAACUUGUGCAUACUUGUAUAAAUUGUCAAUGUGUUAAAAAUAUAUUAUAUUAUGGAUGUUCAUUUA